UAAAUAAAAAUAAAAAUAAAAAACUUGUAAAACCCAACUCACGAAUUGAACCAGAAACAUAAUUUUUUCAAUUUCAAUCAAACCCAAUAAAAUGUUCCAUCAACCAAAAAGUAUGGUGGGGAACAAAACAAAAGCAAAAACCCAAAUUAAAUUAAUUUAAUUUAUAAAAGAUAAAAAUAAAAAUAAUAAAAAGAAAGAUCUUUUACACAGUAAGGAAGGAACUAAUACUCACCAAGCGUUUUUUGCUCACUGGACAAUUCCAUUUCUUCAUAUUUCUCUCUUUUUUCCUUCCUUUUUUUAUUUUUAUUUAUUCAUUUAUUUUCUGCCACUCCAAAAAUAUUUCUAUCUUUACCCCCAACAAUUAUUAUACUUAUAUAAUUAUAAUCUUGUAAAUUUUAAACUCCCAACUUAAAAUUACAGUCAAAAUUCCCGGUGAUCUCGCCGGAGAGUCGCCGUAAAAGGUGAUGCCGACGGCGGUAAUAACGGCGAGACAAUGUUUAACAGAGGAAGCAGCAAAGGCAUUAGACGACGCCGUAUCAGUAGCAAAACGAAGAUACCACGCACAAACGACGUCGCUUCAUGCAGUAUCAGCUCUACUCUCUCCAUCAUUCUCUAUUCUCCGAGAAUCUCUCACACGUUGUCGGAGCUCCGCGUAUUCUCCCCGUCUUCAAUUCCGAGCUCUCGAGCUUUGUGUUGGUGUCUCACUGGAUCGUCUCCCUUCUUCCAAGAAUACCCCUGACUGUAAUGACGAUUUUGCCCCUCCUAUCUCCAACUCUCUAAUGGCCGCCAUUAAACGGUCUCAAGCUAAUCAACGCCGUCAGCCGGAGAUGUAUCAUUUCAAUCAGGUCAAUUGCAACUCGAAUAACAGUACAAAUAGCAAUAAUAAUAAUAAUAAUAAUGGGAACAUUACAAUUUCGUCUAUAAAAGUUGAGUUGAAGCAUUUCGUGUUAUCGAUUCUGGAUGAUCCGAUUGUGAGUCGGGUAUUUGGGGAAGCGGGUUUUCGGAGCUCCGAGAUAAAGAUAUCGAUUUUACACCCGCCAAGGUGGGGUCCGGGUCCGGGUUCGGGUUUAGGCCCGAGUUCGAGGUGUCCUCCAUUGUUCUUGUGUAAUUUGGUUGAUUUUCCGGGGUAUUUUGGGGAGAGUGAUGAAAAUUGUAAGAGGAUAGGGGAGGUGAUGGUGAAGAAGAAGGAGAGGAAUCCUCUGCUUGUGGGUGUAUGUGGUAAGGAUGCACUUUCAAGGUUUAAAGAUUGUGUUUGGAAGCAGAAAUUUGAUGGGUUUCCUGUUGGAAUUCAUGGGUUGAAGUUGGUUUGUUUGGAGAAAGAGAUUAAGGAGUUUGUUGCUUGUGUUUCGUGUUUCGAGGCUAAGAUUGAAGAGUUGGAUUUGAAGAUGAAGGAAGUUGGAUCAAUGGUGGAGAAUUGUGGGUUAACUAGGCCUGGAGUUGUGGUUAAUUUGGGAGAGUUGAAGGUUUUAGUUGAUGAGAAUGAUGAUGAUGAAAAUGAUGAUGAUAAAUUGAAACAAGUAGUGGUUAAGAAAUUGAGUAAUUUGGUUGAAAUUUAUGGGAAAAAGAUUUGGUUGAUUGGUUUUGCUGCUAAUUAUGAAACUUACUCUAAUUUUGUGGCUAAGUUUCCAACAGUUGAGAAAGAUUGGGAUCUUCAUCCUCUGCCUAUUACUUCUUCUAGAUCUUCAUUUGAUGGGUUUAAUUCUAACAAAUCCAGCUUGAUGGGGUCCUUUGUUCCCUUUGGUGGUUUCUUUCCAACACCUUCUGACUACAGACCUCCGUUAACUACUGCUCAGCACUCAUUUACUCGUUGUAGUGCUUGCAAUGAAAAGUAUGAACAUGAGCUUGGUGCUAUCUCGAGAGAAGGGUCAUCUGUUUCAUCUGCUGAUCAGCACUCUGCAGCUUUGCCUUCCUGGUUGCAGAAAUCAGAUUCAGACUUGAGCAAGGUCAAGGAUGUGAAAACAGCAUCAAAUGAUAAUAUCAAGCUCCUGCAGAAAAAAUGGGAUGAUCAUUGUCGGCUUGUUCAUCAAAGCUCCAUGUUUCCUACUCAAGGAGUCUCUUUAGCCAGGUUGCAAGUUCCCCAGCCGCAAUUGGGCUUCCCAUUCAUGACAGAAAAUAUGCAGGGUGGCAGCUGCAAUAGCGGAGAUUCUUCUUUGAAUGAGAGAGCAUGCUCAGGUUCUAGUUCCGGCAUGCAGAUUGUGGUACAAAAUGUAUCUCCUAAAGAGCAAGCCACCACAAAACCUGACUUCCCUAAACCAGCCAUAGUAGAAAUACCACAUUGCCAAUCAACUGAGAGAGAGCGCAUAGCUCCCCUGGUGUAUCCUAUUGAUAAAUUAAACCUCCCUCCAAAUCAAACCACGACUGUUUCUGUCACUACUGAUUUAGGUUUAGGGACAAUCUAUGCAUCUAAAUGCGACUUAAAGAAGCCUUUCUUGCAAGAUCGUCAAACUCACUUACAGCACUUUCCAGGCCCCGUCUCAACUAAUCAGGGGAUGAUUAACAAGAGAGAUUCUGCACAAACUGCUCAAUCUUCCUUCCAUGGACUGGACCCUAAUGACUACAAGCAACUUCUGAUUAAAUUGAGUGAGGCGGUUGCAUGGCAAGGUGAAGUCAUCAGCAAAAUUUCUGAAAUAGUUUCAUGUUGUAGGAGUGGAAAUGGACGUCAACGGUCUGCAAGCAUCAGAGGGAAUAUAUGGCUCAGUUUUCUUGGACCUGAUAAAAUCGGAAAAAAGAGGAUUGCUGAAGCAUUAGCUGAUGCAAUGUUUGGAAGCAGAGAACGCCUAAUUUCCGUGGAUUUGAGUUCGCAAGAUAAGAUUAACAAGGUUAAUUCCCUUUUUCUUUGUCAAGGCUCACAGGUCUUUGACAUAAAUAAGAGCAGAAUUACAGUUGUGGAUCAUAUAGCCCAGGAAUUGUGUAAAAGGCCACACUCUGUUGUCUUCCUUGAAAAUGUAGAUGAGGCAGAUUUAGUGGUACAAAAUAGCUUGUCCCGUGCCAUUCAGACAGGUAAAUUUCAGGACUCACGUGGCAGAGAAAUCGGUAUAAAUAAUGUGGUUUUCAUUACAACUUCUACUGUGACCAAGGAUGAGAGAAGUCUCUCUCCAAGGAAGGAGUUUAUCAAAUUUCAGGAGGAAGAGAUCUUGGAAGCUAAAAACUGGCAAAUGCAGCUAGCGACCAGAAGUGUUUUAGCUGAUGCUAGCAGAAGUAAUGAGACAACUGUCUCACUUUUGCCCUCAAAAUGUUCCUCAAACCACGAAUCCUCAGCCAAGAGGAAGCUUUCCCACAUUAUCAAUGAUACCGCAGAGAACUUUGAGGCAUCAAAACGUGCCCAUAAAACCCCAAAAAGUUCCCUUGAUUUGAAUUUGCCAUUGGAAGAUGAAGAAGAGGCUGCUGAGAUGGACAUCUGUGGAAGAGCAUGGCUCGAAGGUUUCUUUGGCCAAGUGGAUGGAAAUGUAAUAUUUAAGCCCUUUGAUUUUGAUGCUCUUGCUGAUAAACUGUUGAGGAAGGUCCGGUCAAAGUUUGAGGACACAUAUAGAGGGGAGAAAAUAUCACUAGAGAUUGAACAUGAAGUGAUGGUACAAAUUCUUGCAGCAGCCUGGUGCUCAAACAAGGAGGCUGUUGAUCAUUGGAUUGAACAGGUUCUGUAUACAAGCUUUGCUGAAACCCGGGAAAAGUACAGUUUACCUGCUGAAUCUGUUGUCAGACUAAGCUCUUGUGAAGGUGUUCCUGUCAAAGAAUUGGUUUCUAGUAUCUGUCUUCCCAAGAGAAUUAAUAUUGGUAUCUGAUUUUCUUGUGCUCUCCUAGCUUUUUGGUUUAGUGUAAUCUAUAUUAUAGCCUUGAGCCCCAGAUUACAGCCUUGUUUAGGCUAAGUGAUCUGAUAUUCAUAUUUUUUUUUCUUGGGUCCUUUUUGCAUGUAUGUAUUUUAUGUGCUGCACUUUUGACCACAGUUAGAAAAAAAAGAUGUAUAAAGCUAUCCUAGUCUUUAGAUAUAUGUAUAUGUUUACUUUAAGUCGUCGUCUCCUUGCCCUAAUGCCCUUAGUUUUUUUAUGAGCACAACUUAUAAGGCCA